CCUCCCCACUUGCAGCAUGGAUUUGCUGCAUCGCGUCUUAUUCACUGCAUUCGGCACCUUGACGCUCUUCUAUGUGGUCGUCAAGAUAAGUCUGGGCUAUUGGAAGCGUCGUGGCAUACUCCACGAGAAGCCCAAGUUUCUGUGGGGCAACAUCAAAGGAGUUGUGGGUGGAAAACGGCAUGUGCUGGAUGCGCUUCAAACCAUUUAUGACACACACAAGGGGCAAGCGCCAUUCGUUGGUUGCUAUGCGCUGCUUAAACCAUUUGUUAUGGUGCUAGAUCUGGAGCUGGUGCACAAUAUUCUAGUCAGCGACGAGGGCUACUUCACCAGUCGUGGCCUCUAUAACAAUGUGAACAAUGAACCGCUGUCGGGGAAUCUGCUGCAAUUGGAUGGCCACAAAUGGCGUUCGCUUCAUGCCAAAUCUGUGACUGUGUUUACGUCCAGCAACUUACAGAAGUUGAUGCCGCGCCUGGUGCAAGUAUCCAAGAUUUUUGGAGGUCGAAUUGGUGAGCAAAAGCUGCAGCAAUUGAAUGUCAGUCAACUGGUGGAUGGCUACAACAUUGAAGUGAUUGGCUCACUGGCAUUUGGACUGACCGGAGAUCAGGUCGAGUUCCGACAGAUGUCUCGCAGCUAUUGGAACAAUUUUAGUCUAUGGCGUGCCUACUUGGCUUUGGAAUUGCCACUGCUAGCGCGUCUGUUGCAGUACACCAGCUACGAUGAGCUGGCUACGAAUUACUUCUAUAAUCUCGUGCAUGCGCAAUUGUAUCAGCAGCGUUUGAGAGAUCGCCAACCGCUCCAGAACUUUUUGCAGUUGUUCUCCGCUGCAGAUGAUGCGCUGAGUGACGCGCAAAUUGCAGCCCAAGCUUUUGGCUUCAUCUUAGCGGGCCUGGAGCCAUUGAAUGCGACGUUGGGCUUCUGCCUUUACGAGCUGGCAUUGCAGCCGGAUCUGCAGGAUCGGGUAAGAAGCGAGAUCCAGCAGCUGCUACACCAACACGAUGGACAACUGACGGCGGACAGCUUAAAGCAGCUGAAGUACACGAAGCAAGUAUUAAAUGAAACGCUUCGUUUACAUACGCCAUAUCCAUUUUUACUGCGACGUGCCACCAAGGAGUUCGAGCUGGCCAAGUCGGUGUUUGUGAUUGCGCGAGGCAACAAUCUAAUCAUACCAGUAGCCGCAAUUCACCGUGAUCCUUCAAUAUAUCCCGAUCCAUUGCGAUUUGAUCCCGCUCGCUUUGAGGCGGCCGCUGUGAAAGCACGUCCAGCAAUGUCAUUUCUACCAUUUGGCCAGGGAUUGCGUGGAUGCAUCGCGAUGCAACUGGCCGAGCAGCAGUUGCUGAUUGGUCUUGUCGCACUGUUGCAGCAUCAUAAGUACGCUCCGUGCGCCGAGACACAAAUACCUUUACAGUAUGACAAUCGGAAGCUCUUAUUGAUGCCAAAAACGGACAUUCAACUGAGCGUUGAAUAUGUGGACACCUAG